GAAUCUGUCAUCGCUGUCAUGGCCGUCCAGACUGGCAUCCAGGUGUGGUUUGGCGAGAAGUUUGACGCCCCCUUGCUGAGCCCCAGGAGCCCUCGCAGCCCGUUAGCACAGCGCCACGGCCCCGGCCUCGCAGACGUCUUCCAGUAUGACCAGUGGCUGGCAGUGCGACACGAGGCCACCCUGGUGCCCAUGCAGGAGGAUCUGGCCAUCUGGCUCACAGGCAUGCUGGGGGUGGAGGUGAGAGCAGAGUUUUUCAUGGAGGAGCUGAAUAACGGCGUGAAGCUCUGCCAGCUUAUUGGUGUGUUGCAGACCAAGAUCGCCGAGAGCUGCCCCUCCGCACUCGGCAAGCUGUUCCCAACUAAGAAGGUUGCGUGUAAGCGCGACGCCUCCCCGGGUUCCUUCUUCGCCCGCGACAACACGGCCAACUUCCUGUCCUGGUGUCGGCUCAUCGGCGUGGAGGAGACCUACCUGUUUGAGUCCGAGGGUCUCGUGCUGCACAAGGAGCCUCGGCAGGUUUGUCUGUGUCUGCUGGAGAUCGGCCGCAUCGUCUCCAAGUACGGCGUGGAGCCUCCCGUGCUGGUGAAGCUGGAGAAGGAGAUCGAGCUGGAGGAGACGCUGCUGAUGACGGAGGAGCCGCCUCCGGCCGUCAAGACCUUCAGCGUGUGCUGCCAGCACGGCGGCCUCUACCAGCCCGGAGAGCACGGCAUGGACGACCCGCCCUGCAACUGCUCCAACAGAGUCUCCAUUGAGUACCUGUCUGAGGGACGCUACAGGCUGGGAGACAAGACCAUCUUUAUUCGGAUGCUGCAUGGUAAACACGUGAUGGUGCGUGUGGGCGGGGGCUGGGACACGCUGCGUGGUUUCCUGAUGAAAUACGACCCUCUGCGGGUGCUGCAGUUCACCACUCUGGAGCAGAAGAUCCUGGCCUUUCAGAAAGGCCCCCCCGGCCUGGGAGGUCACCAUGGCAACGCAGCUCCACCUCCUCCUCCUGACAUGGACCCCCUGGCCGCUGUCAACAACCUCAUCUCCUCCUCAUCCUCUUCCUCCUCCUCCACGUCGUCGUCCUCCUCCCUCUCUGGCUCAGCCUGUAAGCAGACGGCCGUGGCGGCCGCAGGUCAGAUGGUCCGGUCCCACGCCGCCUCCCCUGCCUGCACGCCCACGCUGCCCAGGAAAGGUGCUGCCGCAGCACCCAAGAAGAACCUACAGAUGACACCCUCCUCCCCCAGGAAGCCCACCCAGCUGCCCCUGCCCGUCACAACCAAAGGUUCCUCCUCUUUGCCCUCCACACCUGUGGGAAGCUCCUCCAAACUGUCUCCCAGCCCGGGGGGGCAGGGAGCGCAGGUCCACCACAGAGCUCUGACGCCAUCAGCAGCUCCAUCAGAUCCAAACCCCGCCUCCAAACUGAAGCUCAGGCCGUCACCACGCGGAGCCGCCUCUCAGCCCAGAAGCCCCGUCUGCCCCGAGCCGUCCUCCAAAUGCCCCAAACCCUCCAGCCCCUGCACCUCUCCCACCGCUACUGUGCCUCGCCCCGUCACUGCACCAGUACGGGCACCCACCCCUAAAGAUGCGCGGCCCCCAUCGGGCGCCAGCCAGCGCUCCCGCCUUGCACAGCGCCGCCCCGGCUCCCCAGCCUCGCGCCUCCGUCUAGAGGCAGCCAGGCGAGCGCGGACAGCCACACGGGCUGCAGCGCCCCCAACGCCACAGUCCAGACCCCCCACCCCCAGCUCCCGGACAGCCUCCCCAGCGCUGCCAAAACCUGCCUGCUCCCUGCCAAAAGGCAAAGAGGCCACAGCCAAAGCCAAGGGCCCGGCCCCAACCAAGGCCGCCGCCCCUCCACGAGGUACCGCUGCUGUCCCCGGGCGGGUCCCAGGGGGCAACGCGGGCCCCUCUCCUGCCAGCAAAGCCAAUCAGAAAGCACCAGCCACAGUUCAGACGGCGGGGCGGAAACAAGCAGCCACGACCACGACCACGACCACGACCAACCCCAGCAACGGGAAGUCAAGUCUAAAACCUGAACCAGCUCCAGGACCAGCCCUGGCCCCUCAGAGAUCCAGCCCCAACGUCAAAGCUGUUAAAACCCAGUCCGCCGUCGGCAAGAAGCCCCCACAAUGCAAGAGCAAGAGUGAGGACGCUUAUUUUGAGAUGAACAGUAGGAGGAGGCAGAAGACGUAACUGGGCGGAGUGGGAGCGGCAGACCGGUGACACGGCUUCUCAUCACAAACCAGCACUUCACACCAGAGCUCAGACUCUUCAAACCAAUAAAUGUCGUCACUAAUUAAUCCUCAUGAAAAAGCUUCCACAAAACUUAUUUUUGUUUGUUGAUUUUUGUGUAUUAUUUAAUAGUUUUUUAUUUUAAAUCCAAAAGGGUCAAAGAUG